AUUAUGAAAAUAUGAAAACACGAUGAAAUUAUAGAAGCAAAAUCCAAAAAGAAAAAAAUGGACAAAAAUUAAGGAAAAACGAGAAGAAACAGAGAGAGGCUUUCCCUUCUUGAGAGAGCAGCGGCCAUUGUUAUUUUCUGGGGAAGAAUUCUAAGAAGACAAUGGCCGCUGCCCCCACCCUCCUCAUCCCCCUCUUCCUCCUCCACCACCUCCUCUUCCUCCAGCCGGACUCCGUUUCUGCACUGUCGGAAGCCGACGCCCUCCUCCAGCUGAAGAAGUCCAUCCAGAACCCCGAGGCGCUAUCCUCGUGGACGGCAGGCGCCGACCCCUGUACCUCCCACUGGCGGGGAGUCAUCUGCUUCAAUGGAGUCAUCACGGGGCUGCACCUCGGCGGCAUCGGCCUCGCUGGCACCAUCGACGUCGAGGCCCUCCGCCAGUUGCCUGGACUGCGAUCUGUUAGCUUCCAAUCCAACAACUUUUCCGGGCCCUUCCCUAACGUCGGUAGCAUCCGCAGCCUCAAAUCCAUCUUCCUCCAAAACAACGGCUUCUCCGGCGAUAUCCCGGCCGACGCCUUCGCCGCAAUGACCUUCCUCAAGAAGCUCUGGCUCUCCGGCAACAACUUCACCGGCGCCAUUCCCAGCUCCUUGACCUCGCUCCCCCACCUCAUUGAGCUCCGCCUCGAGAACAACGCGUUCUCCGGGAACAUUCCGGACUUCCGUCAAUCCUCCCUUAAAUCCUUCAACGUGUCAAACAACCGCCUGGAGGGGGAUAUUCCGUCCGAACUGCAGAGAUUCGACACGAGUUGCUUCAAUGGUAAUUUGGGCGUCAGGCGCGACGCCGCUCAGAAUGGAGGAGCGGUCGUUUCCCCAACCCUGCCCAGUCCCAGCAACAAGGGAAAAGUGGUGGUGAUAGCAGUGAUGUUGGUCGUGUUAUGCAUUUCUCUAAUGGCGGCGACGUUGCAGCGCCCCAAAGAAAGCACGAAGUCGCAGAGCAGGGAAGUUUUCUCUCCGUCGCAGUCGACCAAGUCAAAGAGGCCGCUCCCGACCUUGUCGAUAAGCGGAACGGAUCUUAUCUUCGUGAAGGACGAGCAGGUGGUUUUCGCGCUUAUGGACCUGAUGAGGGCCGCCGCGGAGGUUCUCGGCAGCGACGAGCUGGGGUCCUCCUACAAGGCGGUGAUCGCCAGCGGAAGAACGGUGGUGGUGAAGAGGAUGAAGGAGAUGAACCAAGAAGGCAAGGAAGGGUUCCACGCCAAGAUGUGCCGCCUCGGAAAGAUUCAGCACCGCAACGUUCUGCCUCCGGUGGCGUACCACUACCGGCGAGAGGAGAAGCUCUUGGUGUAUGACUAUGCCACCGAAGGCAACCUGCUACUUCUCUUGCAUGGCGACCGUGGCCCAGACCGGCCGAUCCUGGAAUGGCCGACGCGAAUAAGAAUUGCUCAAGGGAUCACCCGCGGGCUCGCCCAUCUCCACAAAGAGCUCGGCGACAUGGACCUUCCCCACGGCAACCUGAAAUCGACGAACGUGCUGUUCGGAGAGGACUGCGAACCCCUCAUAGCCGACUUUGGCUUCUCGGCUUUGAUCAAUCCCACGCUUGCGUCUCAAAACAUGGUCGCCUACAGGUCGCCGGAGUACACGAAGUCCCAGCAACUCUGUCACAAGUCCGACGUCUGGUGCCUCGGCAUAAUCCUCCUGGAGCUCGUCACGGGGAAGUUCCCGUCCCAGUAUCUCAACCAUGGCAAAGGCGGCAUAGACCUACCCCAGUGGGUCAGGUCCGAGCUAGCCGAUGGGCACGAGAAGGACAUCUAUGACCCGGAGAUAGUCCAGGAGUUGAAGAGCAUACCCAAUGAAAUGAGGCAGUUGCUGCACGUUGGGCUGGACUGCACCGAGCCGAGCUUGGAAAAGAGGCCUGACAUGGGCACCGCCCUUAAGAAGAUAGAAGACAUCAAGAUAGACGAGGAAGGAGCCGUUGUUGCACCGUCGCUUCGAGGGGCUUUGUCGUCGUCCCGGGCGAACGCUCCGGCCGUCCUCUCGUCGCGCUGGUCGGGGAAGGGAAGCUUUAGCUCCUUGUCGUCCCGGCACGAUACGUUCGCAAUUUCGUGAUUGUUGCCAUGAGAGCGAGUUCAGAUUUGCCUGGUCUGUUCUUUUCUCGAGAUUGAUCAUUUUUUCAUUUCAUAUUCUACCAUUGCAAAAAGAUUGGCAAAUGAUUAUGGUUUCACUUGUUUCUUCAUUUUCUUUUUCUUUUUUUCUUUGUCAAUACACAUUUUUUUUCUCUUCAGCUAGGCCUUAAUAUUCAGAACUUCAUGUAUGUAAUUGUUUAUAGAGUU